UAUUGGAUAAACACCGCCCAAGAUUCGACUCAUUUUACGUAGAUGCUCCUUCUUCCCUCCAAAAUUUUGUCGUCAUAAGCGUUUCUAUCGCGUCAUAUUUGUUACCAUAGCAACAAGAUCUCAAUUAAUUUCACACUUUAAUGUCAAUUGCAGCAAAUCUUUUUUCACGUACAAAGGAAAUAGGGUUGAUAUGUCUCAAUCGUCUUUGUCUAUAAAUCGGCCUAAAUCGGAUGGCGAUCGUGUCAGACGAGUUGAAAGUAUGACCAGGGAAUCCUGUCGUGAAGGGCAGAGCUAUAACGAUGGAAUCGCACAAGACAAAGAAGAACUGGACGAAGAUUGGAUCGUGGUGAAAAAAUCAACGUCCAAUGAUGAAGUUUCUAACGACUUGAAAAACGGCUCUAAUGUUGCUAUGAUCAGUUCAAAUAUGACAGAUACAAUGGCUGAUGAUAUUUCAGAUGUGCCGUCAAAACCUGAAAACGAUAGUGUAAAUAAGAAGGAGGACGAGAACGAGAAGCUGAACGUUGCUACAAAUCGUCAUGAUUUAUUGUCGUCAUCAUUUUCAAAUGUUUUAACAAUUGCUACAACUAUUUCCAAAUGGAAACGACGACGAGCUACAGAAAAAGCAAAUUUAAGCUUCAGAUUACUAGAUGAUGAACAUCAAUUAUUGUUGAAAAACGAGAAUGACAACAUGAAGAUUGAGAUUCCAGAUGCUAUAUUAUGGACUAUUAAAAAUGAAUCGUACAAAAUCAUAAGGGAAACGACGCAGGCUUACAGAUCACAGAUUGGAAGCAAGCACAAGUUAACGCUUGAAGCCGAAGAUUAUAUGAAAAAUCUUGCGGAAGAUCUUGGGAAGAUAAAACUACAUGAUAAAUAAACUUUUAUACACUUCAUGUAGGCAAUUUGAUUUGGUCCCAUUCAAAUAGCAAAUCGUUACUGAAUGAAAUGAACAAGUUUAUCAUUGUAAAAUUUUAGUUUUAAUUUUAGUCAAACCUAACCCAUUCAUAGGAAAAUACUGACAAAUACGUUUCCAGCUGGCUGUAACCAUUGAUAUUUUAAAACUAGAGCAAACAUAUUUUUUUUUGCUCAUUAUGGUAAUCUAUGUAUCGUAAAGCAUCAUUUGUAAGCAAUAAUUCUCGUUGCAAUAAAUUUCUAAUACGAUAUAUAUCAUAUAAGAAACAAGGAACUAUUGUUUUUCGUCUGUACUUAUUUGCUUGAUAAAUAAAACAAACUUUUCUUUUCUUUUUCAGGAGAAA